CUUGAAACGCUGCUGAAUUUUUUCCCCAUGCCAUCGUAUCGGAAUCUCACUCUUCAGUGUUUGACAGAGGUUGCAGCACUUAAUUUUGGAGAUUUCUACAAUGCCCAGUACGUUAAGAUGUACACCAUAUUCAUGAAACUAUUACAGACCAUGAUUCCUCUUAAUACAAACAUUCCUGAGGCUUAUGCAAUUGGUUCCUGCGAAGAGCAGGUAAAGUUGUUUUUGGCGCUUCAAAAUUUAAUGAAGACCAUUUUUUAUGUGUUCGCUCAAUAAUUGUUUAUUUCUGGCAAUGUCUUGUUUUUUAACUUACCUAUUCUGCAGGCUUUUAUUCAGAAUUUGGCUUUGUUUUUCACUUCAUUUUAUAAGUCUCACAUUCGUGUGCUGGAAACUCCUGGAGAGAACAUAGCUGCUUUGCUCAUGGGUGUUGAAUAUCUUACCAAAAUUUCAUAUGGUGAUUUGCCUGUUGUGAUUUCAUGCGCUUGUGUAGCUCUAGCAGAUGCAGGGAUAAUGAUGUAUGACCUUGUAACUUCAGUUUCAGUGGUGCUGCAUUGUCCUUUUCAAUGUUUGUUGUUGGUCUGCUGCUUUCAUCUAAUCCUGAUGCCACGGGAGACCUGGUGCAGGUUCCAAGCAUGCUGUUUCAAGGUUCUUUGCUUCUUGGGCUCAUCAGUAGAGCCACUCUUGGUUAUGCAGAGUUUGAACAAGUUCCCUCGAAGGACUAGUACGCCAUCUGGGGUUCAUAGUCAAGCACAACAAUCUGAAGAACAGCUACAAUAA